CGCUGUAACCCAUUUCCAGAAAAUGACUUGCACAAAUUGCAUAAACAUCGACUCGAUUUGUUCCGUUUUUUUUUCUGUGUCCGUGAGAGAACUUUCUCUUCAUCAGGCGGGUUUCACAUUCCGUCGCAUCCUCCAUGGGUCGUGUGGAAUUUUCCAUUACCAUUUGGUUCUCUUUCCACAGAACCCUUUCAAAUUCAUUCGAGCUCGGUCCGGUUUAAUGACCGUCUGUGUUCAAAAGUGUCGGCGGAAACCGAAGAUGAAACGCAGUGACGCCAGUGCGGACGGAAAGAAUGAGACCGCGUCGUUCCGCAUUCUUUCUGGGCCGCGGACACGUCACGAAGGAGGCACCGUACCCGGCACAUGGGGUCCUCAACCCCGCUCCUUCUGAGACCCAACGGACGACACACGCAACGAGACGGUACACGAUUACGAUACGGAGCAGUAAAAGCAGAUCUAUAUCCCCACCAAGUGUACCGCGAGAGAGGAAAGGGAGCCCCCAUCGCUCCGGCGCACGCUACCCCUGGACACAGAACUCUUUCAUCCGGCAUGGCUCCGGUCUGUUUCCAACUCACUCACCUAAAUUUGAGAGCCUCUCCAGAAGUCCCGCAUCUCUGAUGAAUUUGGGUCCGUGUUCCACUCCUCUCCGUUUCUGUUAACGAGGAGACAUGAAACAGAGAUGUUAGCCAACCGCGUGUGUAUUCUAGUCAUCCAUGUGUGAUGAAUCAGGGGACGCUAGUUAAGUCAGCAGUAUGAGCUCACAACGCGGUGUUCCUUAAACGAGAACCAAAGUAUAACUACCUGUCCUUUGGAGAACGGGGCGCCGAUGACCGCCACGGACUGAGCUCUGCUCUGCUGGCAAUUGUGCUUCAGUUGAGUUUUCAAAAGACAAAAUAAAGAUCUUCUCAACGCCAUUUUUCUAUACUUUUAAAUCAGCUCAGUGUCACUUCUGUUAAAUAAAAAGUCAAAGUAAGAUCCGGUAGGCGAGAGGAUGAUGUAAGAAGGGUUUGAGCUUGCAGCGGCGGGAUGCUGUGUCUGGUGGGGUAUGACUGUCUGGUGUCUCGGCACUGCCUCUUAUUGUGCUGCAUUGCCGAGCCUAAUUAAUAUUCAGGAGCUGAUGAAACAACACGAGAUCAUCACUUCAACGUCCACAUCCACGGGACACGCGAGGAAUGAGAAAAAAAUCAAGAUUAAACAAUAUGUUAACACAAUCCUAUUCGUAAUGGACGCUAUUGACAACUACAAAAAAAUACGUUGAUUUAAAUGCCUUAUUUUCAGUUUCACGAGUCGCAUUAUCUGAGAAGGCCUACGUCGAGUCACACCCAUUCGGUCGGACCAAUGGGAAAGGGGGAAAUAAGAGGGUUUGUUCGAUGGGGUGUGCGUUGUUUACUGUGCGUGCAAACUGCCCCACCACUUCACUGUUGUCCAGCACACCGUGUAAUUAGACCUGAAGGGAUAGUUUCCAUGCACAGCAUGGGCCAAAACAGGAUUGAUAGCUAUGUUUACAACUCCGGGUGGCCUAAAUCUUUCUGCAUGUGUCCAGAUGAGCUACUGGAAAAAAACAUAAUGUCCUCAUCACGUGCAACACAGUACACACCAGAAUCAAUAGGACACUGGAGAAAUAUUUGUACUUUUUUUUAAUGUAAUGAGAUAUACCCAAUUGUUAUUGUAAAAAGCAUAUUUUGAACAGGUUUUCAGAUCUGUGUUUUUUUUAAGACACUAUAAAAAAUAUUUUGUAUCUGGAGAAGACAAUAGUCUUCAGUAAGUAAAAAGACUGCAUGUUGCCUAUUUGACCCGAUGUUAUCUAACAUUAUGGGCCGAGGGGUGAAGUGCGAACUCUGGAGCCCCCAAGCGUCCAAGACACAUUAGUGCAACUCAUCCCAUUUCCCCAUGAUGCAUUUCGCGGAGGAUAGGGCCAGUCGUCGGCUACACAUCUUCUGCUAACGACCCGGAGGGGGGUAUAGUUUUCAACUUUUUUUGUUAGAUUUACUAAACCGGCCUAUGUUUGGAUAGCGUCUAGGGAUAUUCUCACCGGCUGAACCUGUCUCCUGACCCCAGGACCCGCCGCCCCGCAGGAUGUCAUAUCCUCCUCAUCUCAACCGCCAACAAAUCGGCAUCCCGCAGCUUCCCCCCAGGAUACCCCCACCUCAGUUUGCGGGGUUCUCCCAGACGGUCCCCCCAGGCACUCCAAUGAUUCCAGUUCACAUGGGCCUGAUGGCAGCCACACCCCCUGUGCUGCUGCCCCCCGCCGUGUCCAUGGUGCCGAAGCCGGCGGCCCCCAAGAAGGAGGCCCUGCUGCCCCUGCGGCCCCGCGAGGCGGAGGACGCGGGCUGCGGCGGCCCCACCACCACCGUGUUCGUGGGCAACAUCUCGGAGAAGGCCUCCGACAUGCUGGUCCGACAGCUGCUGGCGAAAUGUGGAAUUGUUCUUAGCUGGAAGAGAGUGCAGGGAGCUUCAGGGAAACUUCAAGCGUUCGGCUUCUGUGAGUACAAGGAGCCUGAGUCAACACUGCGUGCCCUGCGGCUGCUCCACGAGCUGUUGCUAGGCGACAAGAAGCUGCUGGUCAAGGUGGACGCCAAGACAAAGGCCCAGCUGGACGAGUGGAAGGCCAAAAAGAAGAGUGCCAAUGGGGGCACGGGGGGCGUGGCCAAGGAGGAGGAGGCGGGGCUGGACGAGGAGAGCCAGCGGCGGGACCAGGUGGUGAAGGGGGCGAUCGAGGGGCUCCUCCGAGAGUACGCAAGCGAGCUCAACGCCCCCUCGCAGGACGGCGAGAACCACCCCCGCAACAAGAAGAGGAAGGAGAAGAAAGAGGAGGAGGACAUCAACGCCAUGGAGAUGGAGGACGACAAGAGAGACCUGAUCUCCAGGGAGAUCAGUAAAUUCCGCGACACGCACAAGAAACUGGAGGAGGAGAAGGGCAAGAAGGAGAAGGAGCGCCUGGAGCUGGAGAAGGAGAGGAGGGAGCGCGACAAGGAGCGCGAGAGGGAGAGGGAGCGGCGGGACCGGGAGAAGGAGAAGGAGAGGGAGCGCGAGAGAGACAAGGAGCGCGAGAGAGACCGCGACAGAGAGCGGGACCGGGACCGGGAGCGCGAGCGGGAGCGAGAGCGAGAGAGGACCAAGGAGAGGGAGAGAGAGCGGGAGCGAGAGCGGAGCCGGGACGCCAGCGAAGACCGCAGCAGGUCUAGAGAGAGGACCAGGGAGGACAAGAAGAGGGAGCGGGAGGAGGACGAGGAGGACGUGUACGAGCGCCGGCGGCUGGAGAGGAGGCUCCGGGACAAGGAGGCGGCCUACCAGGAGCGGCUGAAGAACUGGGAGAUCCGGGAGAGGAAGAAGGCCCGGGACUACAGCAAGGAGACGGAACGCGACGAGGAGCGACGCAAGGAGACGACCAAAGAGGCCAAGAGACUAAAAGAGUUUCUGGAGGACUACGACGACGACCGGGACGACCCCAAGUACUACAGGGGCAGCGCUCUGCAGAAACGUCUUCGCGACCGGGAAAAGGAGGCGGAGCUGGACGAGCGGGACCGCAAGCGGGAGAAGGAGGAGCACGAGGAGAUCCGGCAGCGGCUCCUGGCCGAGGGGCACCCGGACCCCGACGCCGAGCUGCAGAGGAUGGAGGAGGAGGCUGAGCGACGGAGGCAGCCCCCCCUGAAGCUGGAGCCCGAGGAGGAGCCCCCCCCCCAGGAGAAGAGCCACAAGGAGCGGGACCGCAACCACGACCGAGACCGCAACCACGACCGGGACCGGGACCGGGACCGGACGGAGCGGCGGGGCUCGUCGAAGCCCGCGGAUCCAGCCCCCCGCGGGCCCACUCCACCGGCCCACUCGGAGGAGGAGGAGGUGGAGGUGAGGGGUCUCGAGGAGGAAGAGGAGGAGGAGGAGGAGGGGGUGGAGGAGGCGGCGGAGCAGCUUCAGCAGCAGGAGGAGGAGGAGGAGGAGGAAGAGGAGCUGUACCAGUACCAGGAUGGCGAGGACUCGCAGGACGGCAAGCCGGGCUUGAAGCCCACGCUGCGGCCCGUGACCUCCGCCCCCUCGGUGUCGUCGGGCAGCGACGGCGCCGCCACGCCCAACACGCCCGGCAACGAGUCCCCGUGCGGCAUCAUCAUCCCCGGGGAGAACUCCCCGGAGACCCAGCCCACCGAGGAGCUGAGGCCCAAGAUCGGCCUCAGCCUCAAGCUGGGCGCCACCAGCAGCCCCAGCCAGCCCAACGCGGUGAAGCGGAAGAAGCUGGCCACGGUGGACAGCGUGUUCAACAAGUUUGACGAGGAGGAGGCGGAGGACGUGCCCCGCAAGCGGAAGCUGGUGCCGCUGGACUACGGCGACGACGACAAGAGCCUGGGCCUGGACGGCGCCGAGAUGCCCAGCGCCAAGGGCAACGCCAACAUGGAGGAGAAGCGCAAGCACAUCAAGAGCCUGAUCGAGAAGAUCCCCACCGCACGGCCCGAGCUCUUCACCUACCCCCUGGACUGGUCCAUGGUGGACUCGACCCUGAUGGACCGCCGCAUCAGACCGUGGAUCAACAAGAAGAUCAUCGAGUACAUCGGGGAGGAAGAGGCCACGCUCGUGGACUUUGUGUGCUCUAAGGUGAUGGCUCACAGCACGCCCCAGGGAAUACUGGACGACGUUGCCAUGGUUCUCGACGAAGAGGCGGAGGUCUUCAUCGUCAAAAUGUGGCGUCUGUUGAUUUACGAAACGGAAGCCAAAAAGAUCGGACUGGUGAAGUGAAGUCUUUCCUCUGGUGUCUCUUGAUUCCUCCUCGGCUGCCUACAAGCCUGUAAACCAGGCUGCCGGGCCUCCACAUCCUCCUCCUCCACCUCCCGCUCCAUCAGCCAAGGAGCCCUCGCUGGCUGUGCGAGUGUUUAGCAGAAAGCUGCGCUUGACCUCGGAGAGGCGGGACCGAGCUCCGAGCGAAGUGCAUGAUCCCGAGUUUGGUUCGUUGGAGCCUGGUCAAGGCAACACCAGAAAUGUAUUUUAUCGUUCUUCGGAGCAUUGGACACCACGUUUUAUGCUUUUAAUUUACUGUCGUCAUGUCAAGGCACUACUCUGUUGUGUGAACUAAUAAACAUCCCCUUUUUAAGAAAAUGCUUUCAUUUAUGUAAAUCGUGUUGUCGUAACGUUUUAAAUAUUCAUAAACACAUUAACGGUUGAUA